AUGAAGUUCCUCUCUCUCGCUGCAGCAGCGGCCAGUGCUGGCUUGCUGCUUCUCAGCAGCGCGGUUCAAGCUGUCGAUCCAGAUGUUGCCGUCGGGCCCAAGUCAUACCAGGGUCCGCCCGCCCCUGCCGAUACUCAGCCCACCAUCAAGCACUCCAGGGCAAAGGUCUCUCAGCUCCAAAAGGCCAACUACCUCCCGCGUGGUUAUAUCGUUGAACUCGAGUCGUCCUCGUCCAAGUCGGGCAAGCGCGACAACCCGCAUGCCGAGGUUCACGCUCACCUCGCCAAGCGUGCUGGAGCCUACCAGACUCGAUUUGAGUACAAUGAUCCCAAAACUUUCGUCGGAAUGUCGGUUCAGCUCAACUCGGAGGAUGACUACCACUCGCUCGCUUCAGCACCCGGUGUCAAGGCCAUCUAUCGAACAACACUCCACUCGGUUCCUGCUUUUGAGCCCGUUACGGUCUCGCCCGAGUUCGUGCAGGCUGCCACCGGCAAGAAUGCUGCUCCUGACAGCGCUGGCAGCAAGAGGCGUCGGGACGAACCCAAGAACGCAGGCCAGGGCUACAAGGACUCGUUUGCUCCUCACGUCAUGACUGGUGUCGACAAGCUGCACGAAAAGGGCUAUGUCGGUACUGGCCAGGUGGUAGGCAUCAUCGAUACCGGUACCGACUACACUCACCCUGCUCUCGGUGGCAAGCCCGGAAACAAGCCAUGCUUCGGUCCCGGCUGUCUUGUCAUCGGUGGCUACGGCUUUGUCGACGACAACUUCAACGGCACCAACACGCCCGUUGCUAGCGGAAACCCCUUCGAUUGCCAAGGUCACGGAACCCACGUUGCUGGUACCGUGGCUGCCAACGACACGCGAUACGGCUUCACCGGUGUUGCGCCCGGUGCCAAGAUCCGUUCGUACCGCGUCUUUGGCUGCACCGGAAGCACCCCUGAUGACAUUAUCAUUGCUGCUCUCCAAAAGGCCUUCUUUGAUGGCUGUGACGUGCUCAGUCUCUCGCUCGGCGGUGCCGGCGGAUGGAGCGAGGCUCCGUCGUCUGCUGUCGCUGGCCGUAUUGCUAGUCUUGGAACUCCGCUCUCGAUUGCUAAUGCCAACGACGGCUCUUAUGGAAUGGCGUAUGCUUCUUCGCCUGCCACUGGUGAACACGUUACCGCCGUUGGCGCGGUUGACAACACCGUCUUGACCGGCUUCUCUGCCGACGUUGUCCCCAACAACCUCAGCGAGAAGAACGUCACUUUGCUCCAGGGUGCGCCGUUUACCUUUGCCUCUGGCCAGAGCAAGGUGCUCGAGGUGUACGCUACAUCGAGCAGCCUGACUAUCACCGAUGAUGCCUGCUCUCCUCUUCCCGACUCGACCCCGGAUCUUUCCAACAAGCUUGUCCUUGUGGGUCGUGGAACGUGCCUUUUCGCUGACAAGUUUGCCAACGUCGCUGCGAAAGGCGGCAAAUAUGUAUUGAUCUACAACUCGUUGGCGUCGAUCACCUAUGUCUCGACUACAAUCUCGGGUCAGCAGGCGGCUUCGUUGACCCGUGACGAUGGACUUUUCCUCAAGCAGCAGAUCAACAACGGCGUCAAGGUCGCGCUCGACUUCACCAACACGAAGCUGGACUCGAUCCCCAACACGCAGACGGGCGGCCUGAUGAGCUCCUUCUCGACCUACGGUCCCACGUAUGAGAACCGACUGGACACGCCCACUACUUCGGCUCCCGGUGGAAACAUCCUAAGCACCUACCCGCUCAAGAAGGGUGGAUACGCCAUCUUGUCUGGUACGUCGAUGGCGACUCCGUUUAUCUCGGGUUCGAUUGCGCUCUUCCAGUCGGCCCGUGGGAAGACGGCGCCAGAGACGAUCAACAGUAUCUUCUCGGGUACUGCUACGCCGCUCAAGAACUCGACGAGCGGUGGGGGGUUGCUGGAAUCGGUGGCAAAGCAGGGAACGGGUCUGGUGGACAUCAACAAGGCUCUGUAUGAGCAGAUUGUGCUGAGCCCUACCACGAUCGAGCUCAACGACACGACGCACUUCAACGGCACGCAGACGAUUACGGUGCAGAACCUGGGCAGCAAGACUCAGGCGUACACGCUUUCGCACAUCCCUGUCGGAACCGUGCAGUCGCAAGAAGACAACUCUAUCUUCUUCCAGCUCGGCCCUGUCCCUCUGAGCGCCCAGUACGCUUCGGUGCACUUCAGCGAGCCGGUCAUCGUGGUGCCGCCGAAGGGCGUUGCCAAGUUCGUCGUCUCAAUCACGCCUCCUGAGGGCGUCAACACGGGCAAGCUGCCCUUCUACUCGGGCUUUGUGCAUCUCGAGCCGCAGUCGUCGGACUACAGCGCGAUCAACAUUGCCUACGGUGGCUACAAGGCGGAUACGUCCAAGACGCAGAUCCUGGACAACACGAGCGAGCUGUUCGGCGUCGGUUUACCCGUGCUGGUGUCGGCGGAUGGUCAGACAUUUAUCCAGAGUGACAAGACGUCGUACAGCUUGAGCAAUGUGGGUGCUUGGCCGCAGUUCGUGUACAGGCUGAACUAUGGUACGCCGUAUCUGCAGAUUGACAUUGUCAAUGCGACGACGGACUUUGAGCCGACGUACAACGCGGACGGCUCGCUGAAUGCCAAGGCUUCGCCGGUGGGUGCUGUGGGACACAAGAGGUUUGUGCGUCAGCGUCGACAGGCCAACGGGACCAAGAAUAUCAUGCCUGUGCCUGGUCCUGGUACGCCGCCCAAGCCACAGCCUGGUCCCGGUACUCCCAAGCCACAGCCCGGUCCCGGUGCUCCCAAGCCACAGCCUGGUCCGGGCGGACCUGCUCACGGCACCGACCCGAACCCGAAGCCCAAGCCUGGUUCCGGUCCCGGCGCUGGUCCUGGUGGCGCAGGCGCCACGUUCUCCGAUGUCAAGACGGUCGGCAUGCUCGGCAACGGCUUCUGGAACGGCAGGAACAGCGCAACCGGCGCGCUGGAAGACUACUCGUACAACGUCCAGCAGAUCAGGCCGGACCUGACUCUUCCCCAGAAUGGCACCACCACUCUUACCCCGGGAACGUACAAGGUGCUGCUCCGUGCCCAGCGUGUUCUGACACCGGGUACGCUCGAGAGCGAUUACGAGUCGUACCUCUCGUACGCCUUCACUGUUACUCAGUAG